CUCACUCUCUCACACACACACCCACGCACACUGCCUUCCGUCUCUGUCUCUGAUUGCACAGUCCCAACGCAGCUGAACACCGACGAGAUUCCUGGGAACAAAUAAAGGUGAAAGGGAGGAGGAGCGAGAGGGAAGCAAGAAUCCAAGCUUUGAGUCUGCAAAACCGAGGAAGCGACGUGGUCCUUACGUCUCCAAACCCCCAACUGCGUCCGGUAAAACUCCAACCAACCUAACCCUAAACCCCACCUCACUUGCGCCACUUUCCAAUGCUCCAUCCCGGCGGCAACCGCCGCUCCACUGCUUCUUCCGGCUGGAGGAGCUCUGGUUUCCGUGCCGCGUGGUGCUGCUCCUUCGCAGCCCCCCACAGCCCGGAUUGCCGCCCUUUGCCUCGCAAUCCUUGUAAGCAGCCUGACGCGGCAAAUUUGUCGGCUCCUAAGUUCAUUUCCACUGCUAACUCCUUACAUAGUUCUCCUUCCCCGAGCAGCAAGCUUGGCCGAGGCAUCAUAGACCCCCGCCGGAUUCUCUCCCCCGGACGGGUAUCUCCCAUCGAUUCCGAUGUCCCGCUUGUCCCCCUUCCUGAAAGGGCCGGUUCCUUUGUAGCCAUCGAAGAGCAGGAGAUCCCAUAUCCGCUGCCGUCCGGAGGAGAUUUUACAUGCCCCUCGAUGGAGGCGGAUUCUGGUGUGUGCGACCAGGAGAAGGGCUUGGAUUUGAAGCUCAAAUUGACUGGCAGGAACGGCAGGCGGCUGGUGAUGGAGAUGGAUUCAGGGGUUCUCUGCGCUAGUAGCUCGUAUUUUGCAACUACGGUUUUGAAAUCCCGCCCGAAAGUGUCCGAUACUCUCAAUGAUUGUUGGGAGAUCGAGAUCGAAGGAGUGGAGGAUUUGGACGUUUUCAGGGAGACAAUCGAAAUGAUGUACGAUAGGGACGAGAUGAAUUGGCUCAUGAAAGCGGGCGUGUCACGAGUAAUCGAUGUGCUCGAGGUAUCAGCCUCAAUCAUGUUCGACAGAGGUACGAGGUCCUGCUUGAAAUACUUAGAGGCGGUUCCAUGGAGCGAGCAUGAGGAGGAGAAGUUGAAAAGUUUGUUCUCAAGCUUCAAGUUUGAUGCAUCUAUAACUGAAGAAGUUCUGGCAAGGUUACACUCAGAAGGUCCUAGUGGCUCUGAAGAACUAGCUGUCCAGCUGAUAAAAUCCGUGGCUAAUGGUACUAAUGGUAAUGCGAGGAAGGAGCUGCAGGCUUUAGUGAAUGGUCUUUUGUCCAAGAGCUCUGUUUAUUCAAAAGAGCUUGCUGGUCUUAACAAGGAUAGCCUGUACAGCAUAUGCUGUACCUGCAUGAACUCACUGGUGGAGCUUUUUAAAGAAGCCUCGAGUUCUGUCCCCACCGAGCCAGGGAUAGCAAUUACGAAAGAACAGAGGCCACCAGUCGAGCGAGUCUCCAAACAAGUUGAAAACCUCAACUGGUUGCUCGACAUUCUAAUAGAGAAACAGAUGGCUGUGAAUUUUGUCUGCCUGUGGGGGGCACAAGAUGAGCUGGCCAGGCUUCAUCAGAGAACAUCACCUAUGAUAAGGUAUGAACUAAGCAGGAUCUCUGCAAGUGUGUUCAUGGCAAUGGGAAGGGGAAAGGUUCAGUGCUGUGGAGAUGCGAGGCACUCCGUGCUUUGUAGAUGGUUCAGGCCGUUGCUCCUGGACUUUGGGUGGAUACAGAGGUGUCCAAAGGGGCUUGACAUGAGGAUGUUGGAGGAAGGUCUGGGCCAGGCUAUCCUCACACUUCCUCUGAAGCAGCAGCAGACCCUCUUCGUAGAAUGGUUCCAGUUCUUUGGCACACAGGGUAGGGAGUGCCCUAAUCUGAGCAAAGCCUUCCAGGUUUGGUGGCGAAGAUCAUUUGUUAGAGGUGUAGAGACACACAGCUAGUUCCAACUGUGUCCCAUCUAAUAAUGCCUUGGUAGGUAGUCUUUGUUGUUAGGGUAGGAAAGUGGAUCAAUCAAAUAGUCAUCUCUGUUGUCCGGUGCCUUGAGAUUCCAUAUUUAGGGUUUGAGCUUCACCCAAUGUUCUGAAUGGAAGAAUGGGACGACAGUAUACAGCCAAAAUGACGUAGAUGAGUGUUUUCUUAUUGAAACUAUGGCUGCGAGCUCCAUGUUUUUAGCUGUGAGUUGUUUACAGUACUGCGUUUGGUCUUUUGAUGAGAAGCUGGACAUGAUAUUGCUUACAAAUCUGAAUCUGCUUUCAUGGCCCAGCAUUGCGUGCCAAUUACUUUGGGUGGGACUAAACUUUUAAGCAACUCAAUUCCAAUUGGGAGAAACUGCAUUUUGGGCAGAUGCCCAUAGGCUUACUCCGAAUCAGAUGAAUAAGGAUUUUCCGCUUGUAUUUUGGGUUAGACAUCAGCCUUGGUGGCUCGGAUGCUUGUGACUGCUCUUUAAGCUGACUACAUUGUACAAGUAACUUUGGAUGACUCGCUUAUGAGAUUAUUCAUAUAAUUUCGCGGCUUUCAUCUUAUG